CAUUUCUCUCUCAGGUUUAGUUCUCUUAUUUUCCUCUCCUUUUUUUAAAACGAGUGAUAUUGAUUUGGGAGAGGCUUCGUACUCGUGGCACGAGCGUACCAUGUGACUCGUAGGUAGAGAGUCGCGAUGCAUCAGCGCAUCAGCGCAGCGCGCAUCGAGGGGGCAAUAGUAGUCGCGGCUGGGAAAUCCCUCCUGCCGUUUGCGAAAUCCCCCACCCGAGGCCCGUCCUCGCCGCGCAGAUACAGACUACAGACUUGAGUCUAUAUUAUAUAGUAGAUUCUCGCUCCCCUGUCUGGUGUAGACACACAAACACAAACGAGAGCCCCUCUUGCUCGGCAUACCCUAUCCGCGGAUCUAUCCGCGAGUACCCCUCCGCCCUUCACUUGGCGAAUCCCUUCUCCAGUCCAACAUAAUACACACAACGAGAACGGACAACUCGCUUGACUUGCUUCUCUUCUUUCUCCUCUUCUCUUCUCUUCACAUAAACAUCUACUCGUACAUCUACAUUCUACAUGGACGUACACCCUCUCAGUGUUUCCUCCGUCCGCCCGCAAGCUCCUCAGCCGCCCCUGGUGUGUCUGCCUCGACAACAGUGGAUAGUGGAUGGAGAGUGUUCUUUCUCCUCCCGUCCUUUCUCCUCUUACGACGGGUUUCUCGUCCCACAGCCUUCUUCAGCGGCACAUGCACACAAGUAGAGACUGCUAGUGCUCGUGGUGGUAGUAAUCUUCUACAAGAACAAGUUCUCCCUCUCUUUAUCUGGUGAGUGGUAUCGACAGCUCUAGCUCUCGCUCCAACUCUUGUACUCCGCAACUAGAUGCUCUUCACACACGAAUUCGCCGUCUGAUUCUUCCCACUAUAAUCGCACCAGUGAGUGAGGUAGUGAGGCAGUGAGUAGUGGCGGUGGCGGUGGCGGCAGCAGCUCCAUCUCGAUUCUCCAUCCUAUCCCGUGUCCGACUCGACUAAACCCACCGUCCUGAACCCAUACCAUAGCAUGCCAUACCAAUCGGUGGAGAACAGAAUCUGACUCCCGACUCCCGACUCCCCACUCCGGGGUAUGCCGGCGACGGAAGUGCGGCAACAACGCGGCGAGCGUCUCGGUCUUGGCGAGUACACACUCGGGGGGCCAGCCGAGUCUACCGAGUUUGUCUACCGGCGCGGGUACCAAAAGAGAGUAAGACCGAGUAGAGUAACACCGGAUAGGACCACCGGACGAUAAGUCGUGAGUUUUUAAUAUAAAACACGGCAUGCCGAGACGACGACGCGUUGCGUGAAUUUAACCAAGAGAGACCCGAGUGCUCGUCGUCGUCGUCGUCGUCGUCGUCAUCGUCGGAGUCGACGUCGCGUCGUGUUACCGUCGUCUCUCUGUCUCUCUUAAUCUUUGUCCUAACAUCACAAUCCUUGACAAGAUUCAAAAUUUAUUAUAAAUAAAUUAUAAUUUUAUAAUUGUUAAUUUUAUUAAUUGUUAAAUUAAUAAUUAUUUUUAUUGUUUAAUUAUUUUAAACGUCCUAUUGGUGUUCUACGAGGUACAAUACAGAGAGGAGAUCCCGCCUCGUGUUGUAUUUCUCUCCUCUCCUCUUCUCUUGGACUCUCUCCUUUCCUCGUUCCUCGUUCCUCUUUCCUCUCCCGAGAUCCGUGCUCCCUCCAACCAACACAAUCCUACUCUCAACCCAACCCCGCGUGCGUGAGACGUCGCACGCAACACAACGUCGUCCAGACAUUUUUUUCGGCUCGCGAUAUUACCAGUUGCGAAUUAAACACGGUGUAAAUGGCGCUCUCCGCACAGAAUCAGUCAACGUCGUAUGUCAACCUCUAUUACUCUAUCGUCCAACGCGCGGCGACACGUUAUUUUAAGGAAUAUUACAAUUCCGAUACUGGCGCGCCGUACGUAUUGUACAAGGACAACAUGGAGAGACCCCAGGGCCAGUGGGCGCCGGGGCCAGGAUCUCUCCAAGAUGGUGGUCUGUAUGCACAGCAGCAGCAACAGCAACAACAGCAGCAGGCAUCAUCCUCCUCCGGUAGCCCACAGCAGCCUUGUGGCCCGCCGGUCGAAGGUGGUGAAACGGGGCCUCCGCCAACCCUGGCGUCUCCUGUGCCCUCACCAUACCCAUCAGCACCACCCGAGCCGCAGGCACUGACCCCACCCGAGGACGACAUACAGUCCGGUCAGCCUACGGCUCAGCAACAAGCCCAACAACAACAAGCCCAGCAGCAGCAACAGCAGCAGCAACAACAACAACAACAACAACAACAACAGCAACAGGUCCAGCAACAAGUUCAGCAACAGCAACAGGCGCAGCAGCAGGUACAGCAGCAACAACAACAGCAGCAGCAGCAACAGCAACAACAGCAACAGCAACAGCAACAACAAGCACAACAAGAGCACUCGCCGCAGCAGCAGCUGACGCCCCACGAGGUCGACCGGAGCGAUUGCUUUCCUGGUGCAGGUGAACUUCAGCAAUAUCCCCAGCACUACUUCAAAGAGACCCGGCCGCAUCCGUCGCCCUCGGUGCCGCCUCACAUGCUAACCCCGGGGGGUUUUUCAGCGCUGCACUACUUAAAACAGCCGGGGGUUAUGCUGACGUCCCUGGGGCAAGGCGACGGAGGCGCGAGUCUUGAGGCUCACCAGUACGCGAGUCCCGGCGCCCCGAAUAUGUCGAGCGUGUUACCGGACAUUGUCCAGCAGAACGGCAAGUCCUCAAAGGGUGGUGCCAACAGUGAUCUGCGGUUGUUCAAGUGCUUAACGUGCGGAAAAGACUUUAAACAGAAAUCGACGUUGCUGCAACACGAGAGGAUUCAUACGGACAGUCGGCCGUACGGGUGUCCAGAGUGCGGAAAGCGGUUCAGACAACAGUCACAUCUCACGCAACACCUUAGAAUUCACGCGAACGAGAAGCCGUAUGCUUGCGUGUACUGCGAGCGCACAUUCCGGCAGCGCGCCAUCCUCAACCAGCAUCUGCGCAUCCACUCGGGUGAGAAGCCAUACCAAUGUCCGGAGUGCGGAAAACACUUCCGUCAGAAGGCGAUCCUGAAUCAGCACGUCCGCACACACCAAGAUGUGAGUCCGCAUCUGAUCUUCAAGAAUGGUAUGACUCCAACACUGUGGCCUCAGGACGUACCAUUCCCUCCAGAGGAAGGCAAAGAGGAGGUCGCCUCGACUUUCGGGGACACGGACACCCAGUCGGGGGCAUUCAGUCCAUCACCAGACGGUAAUUCCAUCCAGUACCCAGCCUACUUCAAGGACCCAAAGGGUGGGAACCACGCAGUCUUCGGAGCCGGAGGACCUGGGAGCUUCGGGGCCCUCCAGUACAUUAAACAGCAGGGAGGCGGCGGCGGGGGAGGAGGAGGAGGAGGAAACAGCGGUCCCAACGGGAGCAAGUCCUGCUUACCAGACGUUAUUCAGCACGGGAGAUCAGCGGGUAUGCCUCUCUACGUUAGGUGUCCAAUUUGUCAGAAGGAGUUCAAACAGAAGAGUACCCUUUUGCAGCACGGCUGCAUCCACAUAGAGUCAAGGCCGUAUCCAUGUCCAGAGUGCGGCAAGAGAUUUCGUCAGCAGUCCCACUUGACGCAGCAUCUUCGCAUUCACACCAACGAAAAGCCAUACGGAUGUGUCUACUGCGGGCGGAACUUCCGCCAGAGGACCAUUCUCAAUCAGCACUUGCGCAUUCACACGGGGGAAAAACCCUACAAAUGCCAGCAGUGCGGCAAGGAUUUUCGUCAAAAGGCCAUCUUGGAUCAGCACACACGCACACAUCAGGGGGACCGGCCCUUCUGCUGUCCCAUGCCCAACUGUCGGAGGCGCUUCGCGACAGAGCCAGAAGUAAAGAAGCACAUCGACAAUCAUAUGAAUCCUCACGCGAGUAAAGUAAGGAGGAAUUCCAGCAGCGACGGCAAACCUUCCGGCACUCCAACCGCCCUUGGACCAGUACCAGUGCCACGGGGGCUCACACCUACAGUCGUUAAGCCUGAGCUGUACUUUCCCCAGUGCUACGCACCCGCAUUUAAUCAUCAACCACCAGUAUCAUCGUCGCAGUUCCCUGGUCAGACCAACGGAGUCGCCGUUACUGGAGAAUUCAAACCACCGUCGGCACUUCCACCACAGUGACUAACCGUCCAUCCUGCGGCCUAUUAGCAAGCAGGAAUCCCGCUAAAGUAUCAGCGUUGCUUCACGCCCAUCGGUAAUAAUCAUCCAACUGGAACUGGAUCUGGAACUGGAACUUCGUCAACUACUUCAGCUACUAAUGAUGAUCAUGAUUCAGCUCCUACGUCUGACGUUGUAUCGUCGCAUUUGUGCCAGCCGCUCCAGCAACACUACCCGUGACAUUUAUCGUGCAUUUAUUAGCAUUUCGUCUUUCAUAUCUUUCCGGUUUGUUUUUAUUUCAUUUUGGUUACAUUAAUGUCAUCAUUAUUGUCAUAAUUAAUAUUAUUAUUAUUAUUAUUAUUAUUAUUAUUCCUACUACUAUUAGCUUCGUUUUUUACGUUUUUUAAUGUUAUCGUUAAUUGCUACUACUUUUAUUAAUAUUCUUCCAUUUUUGUUGUGCUGAUUUGUUCAAUUACGUUUAACGUUUAUAUAUAAAUAUAUAAAUAUAAUAAUGACGGUUACUCGAUCCUCGUCUUCUUUAAAACGAUUACGAGCGCGUUGUGAAUUUAAAAUUCGUGUUCUCAGCGAUUCAUGUACAGCGUAACGUAUCGUGAAAUCGUCAAAGGGAAGAAAGGCAAAAAAUAUCAAAUAAAAAAAAUGAAAAAAAAAUAACAAGAAAAAAAAAGUAACAAAUGGGUUCGUACUUUUUGCUAAAAAAAGAAUUAAUGAAACUCGUACUAUGUAGUUUUUAAAAACCGUUUAAAUAAAAAACGCGUUUCUUUCCCUAAAUGGGUUGAAAAUGUUCGAUUUCGACCAGACUGAAACGAUUGUGAUACAAUAUUUAACUUGCCUAUGUUUUAAUGAAUUGAUGAUGAUGAUGAUGAUGAU